AGGCCAAAUUUACACUAUCAUUCACUAACAAAAGUUAAAAUCAAACUUAAUUUACCGCCAUUACUGAAUUAUUUAGCUUCGGGUGUAGUUACAUGUGAUUGGUUGCUGACACGUUUGUCAAUGCUGAUUGGCUGCCAUCAAUGACAGGUCCCGCCUACCAAAUAGCAGGGUCUCCCCACGUGCUAUACACCGAAAUAACUGUGUGGGUGGGGGUGUGUGGGUGUGGGUGUGUAUAUGAGGAAGAGAGAGCGGAAAUGGCCUUCUCGAAGAAGUGUGCAGAUGGAGCUGGAGAAAAGUACAACAAUCUCCCGAAGAAGCGUGCAGAUAGAGCUGCAAAACAGAACAGCAAUCUUUCGAAGAAGCGCAUGCGUUUAGAUAAUGAUGUUGAUAAUAGUGAUGGUUGUGAUGAUGGUGGAGAAGAUGGUGGUGGUGAGAAACACAUCGCUGCAGUGAUUUUGGCUCGCGGAGGCAGUAAAGGAAUCCCUCUGAAGAACAUCAAGCUCCUGGCUGGAGUUCCUCUCAUCGCCUGGGUCUUACGAACUGCUCGGGACUCCCAGGUUUUCCACAGUAUCUGGGUGUCCACAGACCAUGACGAAAUUGAGCGAGUGGCAAAAAACUGGGGGGCUCAGGUACACAGACGGAGUCCAGAAGUCUCCAAAGACACCUCAACAUCACUGGAGACACUACAGGAGUUUUCCAGAAUGAACCCAGAAGUGGAUAUUAUCUGUAACAUCCAGGCCACGUCACCGUGCCUUCACCCGCACCACCUGAUAGAGGCUGUGGAGAUGAUGACCAAGCAAGGCUACAAUUCGGUCUUCUCCGUGGUCCGACGACAUCACUUCCGCUGGAAGGAGACAAAAAAAGGAGAAGCCACUGAACCUCUGAACCUGAAUCCUUCAUGCAGACCUCGUCGUCAGGACUGGGACGGAGAACUCUGUGAAAAUGGAUCCUUUUACUUCGCCACAAAAGAUCUUAUAAAUAAAGGACUGCUGCAGGGAGGGAAGGUCGCCUACUUUGAGAUGCCCCCAGAGAACAGUGUUGAUAUUGAUGUGGACAUCGACUGGCCUGUAGCAGAACAGAGGGUUCUCAGUUUCGGUUACUUUGGUAAAGAUAAUCUGGGGAAGUUGCGCCUGCUCCUGUGUAAUGUAUCGGGCUGCCUGACUGAUGGACAGGUCUAUCUGUCUUCAACGGGAGAGGAGAUGUUUUCUUUCAACACCAAAGACCUGGCCGCCAUCCGCAUGCUGAAGAAUGAGAAGAUACAGGUGAUCCUUAUCUCAUCCAGUGAUGAUCCGAUCUCAGACGCGUUUGCAGAGAAGCUGUAUGAGAAAACAGGUUGUAAAGUGACGCAUCUGAAAGAAGAUAAACAAGUGGAACUGGAGAGACUGCUGAAAGAGAAGAGGCUCAAGUGGAAGAACGUGGCCUUUAUGGGUAAUGAUUUGCCAGAUGUGGACUGCCUGAACCUGGCCGGUCUCAGCGCAGUGCCUUUCGACGUCCCCAUUGUGGUUCUCAAUGCAGCUAAAUACCAGUGCCAGAGUGCAGCAGGACACGGGGCCCUCAAGGAGUUUGUUGAACACCUUCUCCUGAUGAAUAAGGGGGCCAUGUUUCAGGAGGAGAAGAAGAGAAAUUAAUUAUUGUAUUGUUUUAUUUUGAUUUGAUUCUGUAUUUUAUUUUGUCAUAAGGUCAUCUAUUUGUCUGAUUAAGUACAUGGCAAUAACAUAAGGAUAAUGAAUAUACAGUGGUAAAGAUGUUAUCAAUGUUUAAUCCUCUUAUGCUUUGCAUGGAGAGCAGGAAAAAAAAAAAAAACAGAAAAGAUUUCAUGAGCAGGUCAACGAGUUCGGAUACGGUCAAAUGGCUAGUGAUCAUCUCGGCAUGCUUUGUGAUUGGUUCAUUCUUGAUCACACACGAUAGAGCGUGAUUUCGCAGAGGAGAACGUUCUGGAAGCACGACUUCGGUGGGAUGACGGACAAGUUUCGGAUGCACUUCGUUGUCGCGAGGGACAUGGUUGGACCAUAUGUCUUCUCACUUUUUGGAUCCCUUUCUUUGCACAGAUCUCGUGGACUUUCUCGGGAGUGGAUACCAUACUUUGUUGGAUGUUUUCCAGGAUUUUCGUGCCGUCACCAUUUUGAAACAGUGACAGAGACACUACGUGCAUGCAUGUGCGGUAGGAUAGUCGAGAUGGCCAUGCCUAAAGGACAGUGAGAUGUAUCAGCAGGCUACUGGUAAUGUUAAAAUGUUUUGGGGGUGAUUUGAAUGUGAACCUUUUUGUUUAAGAGAUAAAAGAAAAAAAAACGACUGUGAUAUAGUGAGCUGUAAAUUUAUUUCAAAUGGGUUUCAGAUAAAUGAUUUAAACGGA